AUGGAUGGAUGGAUGGAUGGAUGGAUGGAUGGAUGGAUGGAUGGAUGGGUGGAGGACUGAUGAAGGACAGAUAGCUGAUGGUUAGGGCACAUGGAGAACAGACGGAGUAUGGAUGGAUGAUGGAUGGAGAAUGGUUGGAUGGAUGGAUGGAUGGAUGGAGUGUGGAUGGAGAGAUGGUCGGAUGGACAGAAGAUGGAGGAAGGACACAAAGGUGCACGGAGGGUAGGCUGGGCCAGCCUGGCCGGGCUGCUGGGACGCAGGCAGGCAUUGGGCUGCCCUGACGGCCAUGGGCAGGACUUCCUGUCGGACAUGGCCAUGACGGAGGUGGAUCGCUUCAUGGACCGGGAGCACCUGAUCUUCCGGGAAAACACCCUCGCCACGAAAGCCAUAGAGGAGUACCUGAAACUCAUCGGCCAGAAAUACCUCAAGGAUGCCAUUGGCGAGUUCAUCCGGGCGCUGUACGAGUCAGAGGAGAACUGCGAGGUCGACCCCAUGAAGUGCUCGGCCUCCACCUUGGCCGACCACCAGGCCAACCUCCGCAUGUGCUGUGAGCUCGCCCUCUGCAAGGUGGUCAACUCGCACUGCGUGUUCCCACGGGAGCUGAAGGAGGUCUUCGCCUCGUGGCGGCUGCGAUGUGCCGAGCGGGGCCGCGAGGACAUCGCCGACCGGUUGAUCAGCGCCUCGCUCUUCCUGCGGUUCCUCUGCCCCGCCGUGAUGUCCCCCAGCCUCUUCGGCCUCAUGCAGGAGUACCCCGACGAGCAGACCGCCCGCACCCUCACCCUCAUCGCCAAGGUCAUCCAGAACCUGGCCAACUUCACCAAGUUUGGCAGCAAGGAGGAGUACAUGGCCUUCAUGAACGAGUUCCUGGAGCUGGAGUGGACCAGCAUGCAGCAGUUCCUCUAUGAGAUCUCCAACCUGGACACCCUGACCAACAGCACCAGCUUCGAGGGCUACAUCGACCUGGGCCGCGAGCUCUCCACCCUGCACGCCCUCCUCUGGGAGGUCAUGUCCCAGCUCAGCAAGGAGGCCCUGCUGAAGCUGGGCCCGCUGCCCCGGCUGCUGACGGACAUCAGCGUGGCCCUGCGCAACCCCCACCUGCAGCGGCAGCCGAGCCAGGGGGAGCGGCUGCCCCCCAAGGGGCUGGUGCUGCGGGGGCCCUCGGCCGACCUCCAGCCCUACCUCGUCCGUGACCUCAACAGCUCCGUGGACCUCCAGUCCUACAUGGUGCGGGGCCUCAACAGCUCCAUGGAGGUGCCGCGCCUGCCCUCCCCGCCGCAGGAGAAGGGGCCGCAGGAGGUGCUGGUCCUGAGCCGACCCCCCCUGGCCCGCUCCUCCCCUGCCUACUGCACCAGCAGCUCCGACCUGACGGAGCCCGAGGGGGGCCGGGGGGCUCUGGGGGUGGGCAAGAGCGUCUCCAUGCUGGACCUCCAAGACGGCCGCGUUGACAGCGUCCCUAGUUUGCCCGCCGAGCUGCUCGCCGCCGGCGGUCCAGCCCCGGGGGGAGCCGGGGGGGGGCUGCGUCCCGGCCGCCUCUCGCAGGGCAGCGCCUCCAGCCUGGCCCCCCCUCGCCUGGGGGUACCCGAGCCGGGGGGGCCCCAAUUGCGGGUCCCCCUCUCCUUCCAGAACCCUCUUUUUCAUUUGGCGGCUGACGGACCCUUGCGAGGACCCGAGCCGGGGGGCGAGGGGCCCUUCGCCCCCCCCCUGCACGGGUACAGCAAGAGCGAGGAGCUGGCGGCGCCCCCCCAAAAACACAUCACCCACAGCCACAGCUACAGCGACGAGUUCGCCCGGCCGGGGGGGGACUUUGGCCGACGGCAGCUCUCCCUGCAGGACAGCCUGGCCCCCCCCCAGAUCACCAUUGGGGCCCCCCCGCCCCCCACCCCUCGGGGGGCUCGGGCGGGGAAAGGUGGGGGGCCAGGGCCGGCGGCUCUGGGGGUGCCCCCCAAACCACGGCCGGCCAGCGGGAACUUGCUGGCAUCCCCCGAACCGGCUUACGGACCCCCCCGGUCCCGGCAGCCCUCCCUGGCCAAGGAGGCGUCGGUGGCCGGGAUGAAGCCACCGGUCACCAAGCAGGCCUCGCAGACGCCGUCGACGCUGAACCCGGUGAUGCCGGCGGCGGAGCGCACGGUGGCCUGGGUGUCCAACAUGCCGCACCUCUCGGCCGACAUCGAGAGCUCCCACAUCGAGCGCGAGGAGUACAAGCUCAAGGAGUACUCCAAGUCCAUGGACGAGAGCCGGCUGGACCGGGUGAAGGAGUACGAGGAGGAGAUCCACUCGCUGAAGGAGCGGCUGCACAUGUCCAACCGCAAGCUGGAGGAGUACGAGCGGCGCCUGGUGUCGCAGGAGGAGCAGACGAGCCGCAUCCUGCUGCAGUACCAGCACCGCCUGGAGCAGAGCGAGAAGCGCCUGCGGCAGCAGCAGGCGGAGAAGGACUCCCAGAUCAAGAGCAUCAUCGGCAGCCUGGCCCCGCAGGCUGAUGCUGGUGGAGCAGGAGCUGCGCAGGGAUCACUUGGGCGCCCACGACCCCCCCGAGGGCCGGCGGCGGCUGCUCGACGCUCAGCUGUCCGUCAGGUAGCGCGGGCCAGCCCUGCCUUUGUCACGGGACCCUCGGCCUCCGGUGACACGCCAGGAGAGGCAGCUUUCCGCCGUGGGUGCAGCAGACCCGGGUGUGAGCUGGGCCGGGGGGGUCCCCGCGCGGCCCCCGCCUCCGCCCCCGCCACCCCCGAUCACGGCCAACGGCGAGCUGCGCGGCCCCGCUGCUGAGCACUAGCCCCCGCCCCGGGGGCCACCGGGACCCCCCCCAACCCCUCGCCCCGGGGCUGGCGGUGGCCCCCGGCGACCCCCGGGGAAGAGGAGGCGGAAGGGAGGAAGGUGGGGUGGGGGGUGGGGGGGGGAAGG